AUGUUAGCAGGGGUAUUUCUCUUCAUACUCCCCUUGAUGGUAGUUGCCGCUCCUGCUCCAUCUGUCACUAUCCCACCGACUGACUACAACGCUUUUAAGACCGUCAUCCAGUUUCCUGCUCAUGCGGAUCCUAUCGCAUUCGAAAAAGCGUUCAUUGCUGAAUGUAUCAAGGAAGCCAAGGUAUCACAGGAUUAUUAUAUUGAAUCCAAGUGGUAUUGGCAGAAAGGAGCGGGAGGAAAGAACCUUCUAACCCAAGCUACAUGCUACUGCAUCAACUUCCUCAAGACUGGCGUCUGGGACGAAUUGACCUAUUCGGUAGCUGGUGACCUCGGGGCGGCUAUCGUUCUUCCUGAUGAUUGA